AUGACCAAGGAUAUAGGACCUGAGGAGUAUCUUUGUAGUGACUUUGAUUACUUGAAGCUAACAAAAACUCAGCUGAGAAAGAUAAUGUAUGAAAAUGGAGUUGAAGAUUCGUUUCCAAUAACAUGCAAGAAGCAAAGGCUGCUAGAAGCCUACAAACGCAAUAUCCAUGAAAAGAUUGAGGAGCUGAAGGCGAAGAAGGGGAGGAUAUCGAUGGACAAUCCAUUCCAGAAGACAGCAUCUUCGAAAGCAGAGGUUGAGAUGUUUGAAAGUGUUUCGCAAGCGCCAGAUGUGAAAAACACAGAGAAUGCACCAAAAACACCGAAGAUAAGCAUUAAGAUGUCGCCAAAAGCAGUAAGCAUGUCUGAGAAGCAUUCUCCAAAGAAGCAGCAUGAUAAAAAGAGCAAGCACGACAAGCAUGUGGAUAAAAGCACGGCAGCUGAGCCUUUGAUAGCGAGUGCAUCGGAUCUUGACUUUUGCAACUCGUCUAUUUCAUCAUCUCUGAUGAUGAGUGGGUCAUCAGAAAAUGGGAAUGGAAUGUCAAGGAAAAGCGAGGAUGUGAGUAGCUCGGAUGUUCGUAGAAGGGCAUACACGUCUGAUCCAACGCUUGACAAGCUUGAAUCAAAGGCAAAACGAUCCAGUACGGUUUCUAAGCAGAGUAGUGAAGUAGUGAAGAGUAACGAUUCGAGGAGUGGAUGGAGAGUGGCUUAUGUGUUAGUGGCUAUUGCUCUGAUUUGUGGACUAGCAUAUGUAAGGAUUGCAUGCCCGUACUGCAUAGGUGAUGCAUUUUUGUGUACUAAACAGCCUGAGCAUUCUAGAAUUGUUGACGGAAAGCUAAUAUGCGAUGAAGGAUUUGUAUUUAAGCACGGAUUGAUGCGAGACUAUUGCGUGAAGGAUGACAGGCACGAGAGGAUGAUAGCGUGGAAGAUACGUGAAAUCAAGAAGCAUUUGGAAAGGAGGAGUGGAGAGUACUUGUAUGGGGUGGCAAGCAGCCGGAUGGUUCCGAUUGAUACACUAACAAAGGAGCCUGAGCUAGUCGAGAAAAUCAAGAAUGAAGCAGGGAUUGCAGUGCUCGGUAGCAUGGUGUAUUCAGUGAAGGCGAAGGUGCCUAUAAGAACGUUUGUAAGAUACUACAUGCGAAUGAUAAUAGCAAUUACAGUACCACUGGGGCUGAUGAUUGUUGUAGUAAAGAUGAUUAGAUCUAUCAAGAGAAAGAGGGAGCAGAGGCAACACAUGGCUCGCAAGAUUGUCAGGGAUGUUUCGGAUGUGCUUGUAAGGCAAAUAUAUGUUUCUACCAAGAACACGAACUUCCCCAGUUAUGUAUAUAUAGAACAGCUCAGGGACUGCUUUGGAAUAAACAAGAAAGUUUGGGCCGAUGUUGAGAAGAUGGUGGCAAGCAACUCAAACAUAAGAAAAAUGUCUGUUGAGAAUAAGAAUGCAUGGGAAUGGGUUGGGCCGAUUCUCUACAAGCCAGAAUUCAACGGAAGCUUGUUCUAG